GCCGCGGCUCCCGCUCGGCGCGGCCCGUCCCGUCCCGAGCCGCGCCGCCAUGGGAGUGCCGGCCUUCUUCCGCUGGCUCAGCCGCAAGUACCCCUCCAUCAUCGUCAACUGCAUCGAGGAGAAGGCCAAGGAGUGCAAUGGUGUCAAGGUCCCCAUCGACACCAGCAAACCCAACCCCAACGAGGUGGAGUUCGACAACCUCUACCUGGACAUGAACGGCAUCAUUCACCCCUGCACACACCCAGAGGACAAGCCAGCGCCCAAAAAUGAAGACGAGAUGAUGGUGGCGAUUUUUGAGUACAUCGACAGGAUCUUCAACAUUGUGAGGCCAAGGAGACUCCUCUACAUGGCCAUAGAUGGAGUGGCCCCACGUGCCAAAAUGAAUCAACAGCGGUCCAGGAGAUUCAGAGCCUCAAAGGAGGGCAUGGAAGCUGCUGAGGAGAAGCAAAAAAUCCGACAAGAAAUUCUGGCCAAAGGUGGCUUCCUGCCUCCAGAGGAGGUGAAGGAGAGGUUUGACAGCAACUGUAUCACCCCGGUGAGUGGCCUGCCCUGCACCCAGCCCUUGCCCGGGGCUGAAUGCCGGUUUAAUUGCUUCCCUUCCCCCUUGCAGGGCACCGAGUUCAUGGACAAUCUUGCUAAAUGCCUGCGCUAUUACAUCGCUGACCGCCUGAACAGCGACCCGGGCUGGAAGAACCUGACGGUUAUUUUGUCAGAUGCCAGUGCUCCUGGUGAAGGGGAGCAUAAAAUCAUGGAUUACAUCAGGAGACAAAGAGCUCAACCAAACCACGACCCAAACACUCACCACUGUCUGUGUGGGGCUGAUGCUGAUCUGAUCAUGCUUGGCUUAGCUACACACGAACCAAACUUCACCAUCAUUAGGGAAGAGUUCAAACCCAACAAACCCAAGCCGUGUGCUCUCUGUAACCAGAUGGGGCAUGAGGUUAAGGAUUGCCAAGGUCUGCCCAGGGAGAAACAAGGAAAGCACGAUCAGUUUGCCGACACCGUGCCGGUCUCGGAGCAAGAGUUCAUCUUCAUCCGCCUGUGUGUCCUGAGAGAGUACUUGGAGAGAGAGCUCACCAUGGCCAGCUUGCCUUUCACUUUUGAUUUUGAAAGGAGCGUGGAUGACUGGGUCUUCAUGUGCUUCUUUGUGGGGAAUGACUUCCUCCCUCACCUGCCAUCUCUGGAGAUCAGGGAGGGAGCCAUCGAUCGCUUGGUGAACAUCUAUAAAAACGUGGUGCACAAAACCGGGGGCUACCUGACUGAGAGUGGGUUUGUGAACCUGCAGCGGGUCCAGAUGAUCAUGCUGGCUGUUGGGGAAGUUGAAGACAGUAUUUUCAAAAAGAGGAAGGACGACGAUGAUAAUUUUAAAAGAAGGCAAAAGGAAAAAAGGAAGAGAUUGAAGAGGGAUCAGCCUUCCUUUAUCCCUGGUGGCCAGUUCUCCCCUCAAGCCCUGGGAAAUCGAUCCAGCCCUCAGGCAAUCUCUAACCCUCGACAAGCUGCCUUUGAGAUGAGGAUGCACCAGAACUCUACAACUUCAGCAUCUCCAAACACCAGCCUGACUCCCGAUGGCAGCCCGUCCCUGGGAGGAGGAAUCAAGAGGAAAUGUGAGGACAGUGACAGUGAACCUGAGCCAGAGGAUAAUAUCAGGCUGUGGGAAACGGGCUGGAAGCAGCGCUACUACAAGAACAAAUUCGAUGUGGACGCCUCCGAUGACAAGUUCCGCCGCAAGGUCGUGCAGUCCUACGUGGAAGGGCUUUGCUGGGUCCUCAGAUAUUAUUAUCAGGGCUGUGCCUCCUGGAACUGGUACUACCCCUUCCACUACGCCCCCUUCGCCUCGGACUUCGAGGGCAUCGCGGACAUGCCUUCCGACUUUGAGAAGGGCUCCAAACCGUUCAAGCCUCUGGAGCAGCUGAUGGGCGUCUUCCCGGCCGCCAGCGGGAAUUUCCUGCCGCCCACCUGGAGGAAGCUGAUGACAGACCCGGAAUCAAGCAUCAUUGACUUCUACCCUGAAGAUUUUGCUAUUGAUUUGAAUGGGAAGAAGUAUGCUUGGCAAGGUGUGGCCUUGUUGCCCUUUGUGGAUGAGCGACGCCUCAGAGCUGCCCUGGAGGAAGUGUACCCUGACCUGACUCCUGAGGAGAGCAGGAGGAACAGCCUCGGCGGUGACGUUCUCUUUGUGGGCAAGCACCAUCCGCUCUGCGACUUCAUCGUGGAGCAGUACAAGAGCAAGAGCGCUGAGGCAGUGGACAUCCCUCCGGAGCUGUGCCACGGCAUCCAGGGAAAGCUCACCCUCAACGACAACGCCGUCCUCCCGGAUCAGGUGGUGGAGUCUCCUGUUCCCAUGCUGCGGGAUCUGACACAGAACUCUGCAGUCAGCAUCUCCUUCAAAGACCCACAAUUUGCUGAAGACUUUGUUUUCAAGGCUACAGUGUUACCUGGGGCAAAGAAACCUGCUCCAGUCCUGAAGCCAGGGGACUGGGAAAAAACCAACAAUGAUGGCAGGCCUUGGAGACCACAGCUUGGCUUUAACAGGGACAGGAAACCUGUGCAUUUGGACCAGUCAGCAUUCAGAACCUUGGGGCACAGCAUGCCCAGGGAGAGGGGCAUGCCAGGGAUGUACCCCAACGCCGUGCCGCUCGGAGCCUACGGCAGCCCCUACGCCCGGCCCCUCAUGGGCAGCCAGCAGCAGAUCCCCAAGCUGCUCCCAAAUCUCAGGCCCCAGGAGUCCUGGCGAGGCCCCACGCCCCUGUUCCAGCAGACACCGCAAAGGACCGCCGGCGCCGCUCCCCUGCUGGCCUGGAACCGCGUGGUGCCGUCCCCAAACCAGUUCCAGCCGGCCCAGUACCAGGGCCUGGGGCCCAUGGCGUACCCACAGCGACCCGAGGAGCGCAUGGACAGGGGCAGACAGGCAUACGGCCCUGGGAGGCCCUACCCUCUCCCACCUCCUGCAGGAAGGUACAGCUGGAAUUAGCUCCUGCCUCCAUUGAUUUGGUUCUUAAACAUUGAAAAAAAAAAAAUUGGGGUUUUUUUGCUUUUUGUUCUAUUAUUUGUGGGGUGAGGAGGGGGGUGGGGGGAAUGGAAAAAAAAAAAAAAAGAGUUGUUAGGUACCAUCCUUGUAGUUUUCAAAGCCUGUUUUAAACGUGCACAUUUCUUACGGACCUGAGGAUGAAUUUUGUGCCCGUCGCCCCGAGCUCUGAGCACACACACGAGCCUGAAAAUGGACACAGAGGUGGAGAGAACCCAGAAAAAUGGGAUUUUAGGAGCUCCCAGGCCAGAGCCAGUGGGCAGCCAGCAGCACUGAAGGGGAUUUUCGGACUCUGGAGUAAAAACAUUUCGACUUUUCCGACGUCUGGGUUUGUCUGUUUGAUAGCUAAUUUAAAUUAGCUGCAGAGGGCAGAGAUUCUGUUCAUUUUUAGCACUCUUUUUAGGGGUUUUUCUGUCUGAGUGUACCAAAUCAGUCAAUAUUUUUAUUUGCUUUAUAAAGUGGCUUUGGAAAUUCU